AUGACGAGUCUAAAUAACGUCGAAGACGAAGAAGACAAAAGUGUUGUAAAUGCAGAGAUGGAUUCGCCAAAAGGGAAAGGGCAAUUGGCAGUGAGCACCACUUAUCACAAUUCGGAUAAAGAUGGAGAAGAAAAGGGACAAUCUGUUACUGAAACUGGAAACGCAAAAAAUGGUACGCACAGUGUAUGCACACCUGCCGCGGCCACGGCAAUCGCAGGCGCUAGCUUUGAUAAGAAGAGAAAAGCAGAAGCAGUUGAAGAACCGUACCAAAUGGACAGGACCCUUGACGGUAUGAACAGUGUCCCCCAUGUUGAUAAAAUGGACUCGAUGGAGAAGUCAACUAUUGGUUGCAUGAACAAGCAUGCGAAAUUAGGGGACGGAGGCGUCAGUUGUGCCGAUCCUAUCGAGAAUGGCAGCACGGCGGGCGAUAAGCUCAAUGUGGACACGUACAUGCAUGCACAUACUCAUGCACACACGCGUGUGGACAAGGGCACCAUCAAUACAGAAUUCGAAAGUGAUGACACUGCACAGGGGAAAACGACCACUGGGGAUGCUAAAGAGCAACACAGAGGAAUCGAAGCAGGAAAGAGUAGCCAACGCGAACUAGCACAAAGUAACGCAAGUAAGGAGGAAAAGGCGAAAGACAAACCGAAUGAACAGACGAGGAUGAAGAACGAAACAAAAGAAAUACAAGCACAACCAGAAGCGAAUAACAAGAAAAAGGAAAGCUACAAAUAUUUUAUUGAUUAUAGCAAAUACAGAGGCAAAAAUAAUGUGACUUUUUCGACCAAGUAUAAAGACAGCAGUGUGAAUUUAAGCAGCGAUAAGCUCACCUGUUAUGGACACAAGGGAUGGUCCAGUGUUUUCGUGAAUAAUGGGGCGGACAUCGGAAAAUGGUACUACGAAAUAAAAAUUGAAGAACCUGUGCAAAACUUCCAGUUCUUAGGUUACAAGGACAAAGUGAUAAAGGUAAACCCAUAUAUACGUGUUGGUUUCGCUUGCAGAUACAUGAGGUAUGAUUAUCCCAUAGGAACAGACAAAUAUAGCUACUGCGUAAAUAGCAAAAAUGGAAGAAUUUUUAACAACUCCAUAAGCUACGACUGCAUGGAACCAAUUAAAGUAGGUGAUAUCAUUGGGUGCUACUUAAAUUUAAAGAACAAAAAUACGUAUAACUUCGAUCCAAGGUUAGAUAAAAAAUUGUAUGAAUAUUUGCAAAAUGGUAUUCUAUGUGAUCCAAAAGAUCCACCCAUAUUACAGAAAAACUACGGUUCGUCUAUUUUUUUCUCUCUAAAUGGGCAAAUAAAGAAAAACGCUUUUGCUGAUAUUUAUGAAGGAUUUUAUCAUCCGUCUGUGAGUUUGUACAUGGGUGCUUCAGCAAAAAUUAAUUUGGGUCCUCAUUUUGCGUAUAACCAUUUGAAUGAUUACAUGCCAUGUGUGUUUAUGGAGCCACCGAUUAUUCUGUGA